UAUAUCGCCAAAAUAAUCUGGAGACUGACCUCUUUCCCUAACUUUGUUCAUGAUCAACCGCUUUUGAUUGCUUAUUACUUUCGAAGAAAUCCCUUUGUAUCUUGUUUCUUUUCAAUUCAAAAGAUAAUACCCUCGUUUAUAAAGAUUCAAAUUAAUACACUCUUUCCAAAAUGUCGACGAUAACUGAUAGACACGCUCCUCAACCUUCCGUUUUCCCAAAAAGCCAUGUUGGUUUCGAUAGUAUCACCUCACAAAUUGAGCGCAAGCUCUUGAAACGCGGUUUCCAGUUCAACGUCAUCUGCGUCGGUGAGUUCACUUUAGUAUUUUUAUUGAUGAGUUGUUUGAAGAGUUUUUCUAAUGGAUUUACUCGUAGGACAAACCGGUCUUGGAAAAUCCACCCUCAUCAACACCAUCUUCGCCUCACAUUUGAUUGAUUCCAAAGGAAGACUCACCCCCGAUGAGGUAGUACGAUCUACUACCGAAAUUCAAACCGUUUCCCACAUCAUCGAGGAGAAUGGCGUAAAGCUGCGACUUAAUAUCGUCGAUACCCCAGGUUAUGGAGAUCAAGUAAACAACGAUCGAUGCUGGGAUCCAAUCGUCAAGUACAUUAAGGACCAACACUCUGCAUACCUCCGAAAGGAACUUACAGCCCAAAGAGAAAGAUAUAUUCAAGAUACCCGUAUUCACUGUUGUUUGUUCUUCAUUCAACCUUCUGGCCACGCCUUGAAGCCGAUUGAUAUUGUGGUCUUGAAGAAGCUUUCAGAUGUUGUCAAUGUUGUACCAGUUAUCGCCAAGUCAGAUUCUUUGACUUUGGAGGAACGUGCUGCUUUCAAGGAGCGUAUAAAGGAAGAGUUCGCUUUCCACAACUUGAAGAUGUUCCCAUAUGAGAAUGAUGAGUUUGAUGAUGAAGAGAAAGCGUUGAACGCACAAAUCAAGGUAAAUUUUACGACACUUGGAUCUCAUUUAAGCAAGCUAACAAUAUCAGGACAUCAUUCCAUUCGCUGUAGUUGGAUCUGAAAAGGAUAUUAUUGUUGGGGGCAAACAAGUUCGAGGACGUCAAAACAGAUGGGGUAUCAUCAAUGUUGAGGACGAAAAUCACUGCGAAUUUGUCUACCUACGAAACUUCCUUACCCGAACCCAUCUCCAAGACCUUAUCGAAACUACAUCUCAAAUCCAUUACGAAACCUUCCGUGCUAAGCAGUUGUUGGCUCUCAAGGAGAGCAGUGCUGCAGGACAUGCUGGUAGCAGACCUAUCAGUCCCGCAGCUGAUAGAGAAUUGAGCAGAAAUUCCCAGAGAAUGACCAUGAACGGCUAUUAAGGAAGUGGUCAGGUACGAAUGAUGGUCAGUUGGUGAUGAUAUUGAGGUUGAGUUUGGGUUUGGAUGAUUGGUUGUGUUUAUGAUGGCGAGAUAGUAUUUGCCAAAAGCGACAUUUUCUUCAAGGCAGGUUAGGGGAGAUUUAAUGGACUGCUUUCGUAGGGCUGGGCUUUUCUAACCUGAACAUCUCUACGUUUCUCCUUUGCUUAAUUAGCCGUUUUUCUUUAAUAUCCAGAGAAUGCAUUUAAAUAGU